CCACACGUGUUUCAUGGGUGGCUGUAGCAACAGCUGUGGCAUUCCCAUUCAUUUUCGGAUACCAAAAAAUGAAAUACUGGAUUUCAGCCUGCUGGUGGUAGAAUGUGAGGUUUAAAUUUCUCAGUCAAGCGUACCAUGUAGGUGUGAAAGAAGACCAUCAUGGCCAGCGACAUGAUCCUGCUGAUGAAGGGGCUCGCCAGGCUCGGCAAAGCCGUGAUCGAGACGCAGGCCAGUAACCUGCGCGGCAUCGCCGGGUCCGAAGGGCCGCUGGCCGCAGCCAGGAGCAUGCAGGCCACGGCAGAGCAGGGCCUCAGUGCUACGAUGCAGAAGAUGCAGGAGUUUGGCAGCCAGCAGCAGAACAUGUCAGAUAUUGGACCAGAAUUUGACUCCCGUUAUGAUUUUUCUGGUACCGAGGAGAACGUUGCCGACUCGUCAAGGCAAGGCUUUUCGAACAGAGACGAUGCGCCCGUCAGCGACCACAUCUCCUCAGAGAGCACCAGCAGCGGAGGGCCACGGAUGUACAGCCAUGUUUCGGAGAAGUCAAACGGCGGAGUCUUUGGGAGCUACAAGACCCCAAACGGGCAGUUUACGGGGCAGUCUCGCUCAUUCCACCAGGACCACUCCUCAGUUAGUGGGCUUACAGCGGAGGACAUUGAUAAGGCCAGGGAGGCCAAAAGAAACAGCUCUAAGCCCCACAAACAAAUGCUCAGCGAAAGGGCACGAGAGCGAAAGGUGCCAGUUACUAGAAUCGGGAGACUUGCGAAUUUUGGUGGCCUGGCUGUUGGCCUUGGCAUCGGGGCCCUGGCUGAAGUGGCCAAGAAGAGCCUGAGGUCAGAGGAUCGAAAUGGGGAUAAAAAAGCCGUCCUGGAUUCCAGCCCUUUCCUCUCAGAAGCAAACGCAGAAAGAAUUGUCCGCACCCUGUGCAAGGUACGCGGAGCAGCUCUGAAACUUGGCCAGAUGCUCAGCAUUCAAGAUGACGCGUUUAUUAAUCCUCAGCUGGCGAAGAUCUUUGAGCGGGUUCGACAGAGUGCGGACUUCAUGCCAAUAAAGCAGAUGAUGAAAGCUUUGAACAAUGACUUGGGGCCAAACUGGAGAGACAAGCUGGAGUUCUUUGAGGAGAGGCCCUUUGCAGCUGCCUCUAUUGGCCAGGUACACCUGGCAAAGCUGAAGGGUGGCAAGGAGGUGGCCAUGAAGAUUCAGUAUCCUGGAGUGGCACAGAGCAUCAACAGUGAUGUGAAUAAUUUAAUGACAGUUCUCAGUAUGAGCAACUCAUUGCCUGAAGGUCUCUUCCCUGAGCAUUUGAUUGAGGUUAUGAGUCGUGAGCUGGCGUUGGAAUGUGAUUAUAUAAGGGAAGCCAAAUGUGCCAGGAAAUUCAAGGAACUCCUGAAGGACCACCCCUUAUUCUACGUGCCAGCUGUGAUCGAUGAGCUCAGCAACCAGCAUGUCCUCACAACCGAGCUGGUGCCGGGCUUCCCGCUGGACCAGGCUGAUGACCUCUCUCAGGACCUUAAGAAUGAAAUAUGUGAAAACAUUCUGAUGCUCUGCUUGCGGGAGCUUUUUGAAUUCCGAUACAUGCAGACGGAUCCAAAUUGGUCCAAUUUCUUCUAUGAUCCCCAGACGCACAGGGUUGCACUCCUAGAUUUUGGAGCUACAAGGGGUUUUGAUUUGGACUUUACUGAUGUCUACAUUGAGGUCAUCAAAGCAGCAGCAGAUGGGAAUCGACAGCGGGUUCUAGAAAAAUCAGUAGAGAUGAAGUUUCUCACUGGAUACGAAACAAAGGCUAUGGAGAAUGCCCAUGUGGAUGCAGUGAUGAUCCUGGGAGAAGCCUUUUCCGAGGACAAGCCCUUUGACUUUGGCUCCCAGAGCACCACCCAGCGUAUCCACAACCUCAUCCCCGUGAUGCUGAAGCAGCGGCUGACCCCUCCUCCUGAGGAGACCUAUUCUCUGCACCGCAAAAUGGGCGGCUCCUUCCUCAUCUGCUCCCGGCUCAAAGCGAGAAUCAGCUGCAAGCACAUGUUCGAGGAAGCCUACAAGAAGUACUGGAGUGAACGGAAAAAAGGACCAAGCCAAUGACUGUGAAGCCAAACAUUUCGAAAAGAGAAUGAAAUAUCGCAGGAAAUGGAACUGUGGGCACAUCUGGAAUUUUCUUGCGCCCUGCCAUGCUGCUUUUCUUGUCAGUUGAAUGUACCAAGGGCACUUUUUCCCAGGUUUUUUCUGAAAUUCCUGCUGUAUUCAUUUUAAAAAGUACACUUUGCAUUCAGCUCCAGUUAUCACUUUGAUACUCGAUUCAGUUUCAUAAAAGAAUGUAACCCAUAUAUACACAUCUGUUUUGCAAGAAAGGUUUGGUAGGAGGAUUAAAAUGUGUUUUUGAGAUGGCAGGAGAGCAGUAAUUGAGGUUAUAGGAAUGUGCCAGAAAAUGCAUUAUGAGGUGAAAUGAAGCCACACUCUGUAACAUGAACUUGAGCGUGGUAACUGGUUAUCAUCUUUUGUAGAAGCAUUGAAACACAUUUAACUGCUGAAAGCCAAAACAUUUUAAAUGGUUCGUAUUAAGGUAAACGAUUAAUUACUACUGAAUUUUCUUCUAGUUCAUCCUAAAGUACAGUAUUUAGGUGUCUGAAUAAAUGCUGGCCUGUGUAAACAUUAUCUGUCAUCAUCAGAAAAGACAUAGAGAAAAAAGACAGAGCCAUGAUACUGUAUUUACAGGCAUGUACAUGAGGCAUUUGAUUUGUAUUUUAACAAGACAUUCUUGUACUACACGCACAACAUCAGUUCUGGGUUAACAAACAAGAUAAUUCCUUUAGGCAGGAAAAAAAAGUGGAACAGAACCUGUUUUAAUGUCAUCGUCCAUUUGAAUACUUUACAUUUGCAUCUGGAGAAUUGUCCGAGGCUCGCUGAAGGAAGUCCCAGAUUCCUGAAUGUUUAUUUUUCCUGGGGGGGUGUCUUGGAAAUCAGAAGGUGAAUUUGAUCUUUUUUUUAUUUCUAGAGACUGCCUUUCUUUUUUAAUUUUAAUACCUGCUUGAAAUAGGAAUUUGUUUAGAUACUUUCACUGGGUUUUAAAAGCCUGUUGUGUUUACCUCCUGUCGCUUUUCCUCACUGUCAUGUCAUCAAAAGCGAUUGGUGCAGGGUUGUGUAUUUGUUAGUUGUUAAAAAUACUAUUGUACUGAGAAAUAAAAUUUGUAAACUGUA